AUGUUGGAGAAAGAGAAAUCAGUACAGCAAAACUUGCCCUACAUGGAAUUAGGCGGGAUUAUAUCUCCCAGCAUUGGUAAACUCAGUAGCUUACAAAGACUGGCACUUCACCAGAACAGUUUGCAUGGAAUUAUACCUUAUGAGAUUACUAAUUGUUCUGAGCUGAGAGCCAUUUACUUGAGGGCUAAUUAUCUCCACGGAGGGAUGCCUGCAGAUAUUGGAAACCUUUCCCAUCUCACUAUCCUGGAUUUGUCAAGCAAUUUGCUAAAGGGUGAGAUACCUUCAUCUAUUGGCCGCCUAACACGCUUGCGCCACCUGAACUUGUCUACCAACUUUUUCUCAGGUGAAAUCCCUGAUUUUGGACCUCUAAGUACUUUUGGGAACAACUCGUUUAUUGGCAAUCCGGAUCUUUGUGGUAGACAAGUGCACAAGCCAUGUCGAACCUCUUUGGGAUUCCCUGCAGUGUUACCCCAUGCAGCAAGUGAUGAAGCAGCAGGCAAGUUUCAUGUGACAUUUUCUGAAACUCUUAACUGUGCAUGUAAUUAUGAUAUUGGGGAUUAUUUCCUUUUUGAUCUGACUAUUGGUGAUUUUUCAGUUCCUACAAAACGAUCCUCUCACUACAUCAAAGGGGUGCUGAUUGGUGUAAUGUCAACUAUGGCCAUUACACUUGUUGUGCUCCUUGCGUUCCUCUGGAUUUGCUUGCUAUCAAAGAAGGAAAGAGCUGCUAAGAAAUACACAGAAGUUAAAAAGCAAGUUCAUCAAGAAGCAAGUACAAAGCUCAUUACUUUUCAUGGUGACCUGCCAUAUCCUUCCUGUGAGAUCAUUGAAAAGCUUGAGUCUCUUGAUGAGGAGGAUGUUGUAGGUUCAGGAGGCUUUGGUACUGUAUACCGCAUGGUAAUGAAUGAUUGUGGCACCUUUGCUGUUAAAAGAAUUGACCGGAGUCGGGAAGGAUCUGAUCAAGUUUUUGAGAGGGAACUGGAGAUUUUGGGGAGUAUCAAACACAUAAAUUUGGUAAACCUGAGAGGUUACUGCAGGCUUCCAAUGUCAAAGCUUCUCAUCUAUGAUUAUCUGGCCAUGGGCAGUGUAGAUGACUUUUUGCAUGACAAUGAAGUUCUUGAGAUAUAUGAACAGAAAUUUGGAGAACUUUUUAGAGUUGCCAAGCAGCUUCUUAUUAGUGAUGGUUGUGCUUUAGUGAUUUCUUGUUUAAUUCAAAUCCCCAAAAUAAACAGAAUACUGCCACCACCAGAUCUAGAUACUUAUGGUGAGAAGCAGUCAAGAUUGGCUUGGCUCUGUUUUCUGUAUAGUGUCCGUCAUG